AGUGUUGUAAAAGCGAAAACCUGUUGCUACCAGCUGAUCACUUUUGUUUAUUUGCGCCAAAAAACAUUGUUAUUUAGUAAACAAAAAGAGAACCAUGUCUGAUACUGAAACUCCGGCCGAGCUUAAUCUCAGCACUGAACCAGACUUGGCUCACGCGGUUGAGGAAGAAGAGGAGGAGGAUGAUGAUGAUAUGGAACAAAUUACAGCACAAAAGGUGCUGGAAAUCCUUGAAACUGCUUGGAUUAACGAAACAAAUGCCCCCGAGCUUCUCCAACACCAAUCCGACAUGUUGGAACUGAUGAUCUCACAGGUAUCGCAUAUGGAGGAGCAAAUGCGAGAUUUGGAUAAAAAUGAUUUUCGUGCCGUUGUUCACAGUAUGGAAUUGGAGCGUAUACGUUAUAUUAUGGCCAGCUAUCUGAGAUGUCGCCUGCAAAAAAUUGAAACCUUUACUCAAUAUAUAAUCAAUCAGGAUGCUGCUCGAGAACCGGAUGAUAAACGACUCUCGCCGGAAGAAGCAAAAUUUGCCCAAGAGCUCUCCCAGAAUGUGGAUGAAUAUUUCCACAAGGUGGCCACACAAUACAUGCCCAAUCAGCAACGCGGUGAGGCCGAGCAAAGAAUUAUAACACCAAAUUUAAUGAGCCAUGUUUUUCUUAAGGCAAACGUUGCAGUGCCUGCUGUAAUAGUUGGUGUGGAUGAUGAGGAAGUGGACUUGGCUCCAGGUUCUCAACAUAUUAUACCUUAUCAAUUGGUGGCCGAUUUGAUCCAGACAAAUAAAGCACAAUUGAUUUAGAAAACAAAUGAGCUAUUUAAACUUCGAUGCCUUUCGAAUUUGCCGCCUGUUGCUGCACUGUGGUUUGACAUUAGACAAGAAAGAUUUCAAAUUAGUCGAAAAACCCUUUAGGUUUAAAACAAUUUAAGUAAUGAUUUUAUGUAGGUGGAAUAAAAUCACUUUGUAAGCCAUUA